UUUAAACAAUGGCAAUGGCUUUUGUUUUUCUCCAUUUAUCGACAAACACCUAAAUUAGAAGCUGUGCAGCUUAUGAAUUCGAAGCAAUUCGUUCGAAAUCGAAAAUUUUAGUGCAUUUCCCGUGUUUUUGGCAGCUUUACUGGGAAUGAAAUAGAAAAAAUGAGUUCAACCAGCUCAAUUGGCAGUAAAUCCAGUCUUGUGGAAGAACGAAGACUUUGGAUCGGCAACCUUGACUCCCGUAUAUCCGAGUAUCAACUCUUGAAAAUUGUGCAAAAAUGCGGUCAAAUUGAAAAGUUCGACAUGAUCUUCCACAAGUCCGGCCCACAAGCUGGGCAAGCAAGAGGCUAUGCAUUCGUAACAUACCAUGAUAACUCUGGGGCAAUGAUGGCUUUGAGUAAAUUAAAUGGCACAUUGGUUGGCACCAAAAAUGUCGUCGUUCGACUCGCCAAGAACAUAAAUUAUGAUGAAAUGGAUAAGCCAAAAUCAAAAGUGGAGAUACCAGCAUUGGCGGCGGGCACAUUGAAUUCGAAUAAACUGAGUAAAGAAUUGACAAUCAAGGCGAUCGAAGCUAAAUUGAAAGCAUUAGAAAAUCAAAGUGACGACCUUGUCAUCAAUCAAACAUCGGAUAGAGAAGUGCCGCUGAUUCAAAAAUACCAAUUUAACAAGAAUGGCGACCGAGCAACUGGCACUUCAACGGGAAACAACAAAAAGUUCACCACACGACCACCCAGCGGACCGUAUAAUCGCAACCAACGACGUCACAAACGUUGAAUCAUGCAAAUCAGAAACGCAAAAGUAUUAUUAGAUUCGGCUCUACUCAACAAAUCCUCACCACGACCAUACCACAAUACUCCUCACUAGAAAUAAGCGCGUGUGCUCAUGUAUCUCGACAAAUUUCUACAAUUAGCGAAUAAAAAUGAAAAAAAGGGCGAAAUAUGACUCACACAGAGAGAAAAAAGUACUUAAUGCUUAAAAUAAAAUAAAGAAUAAUUUAUCAUCUA